AUGAGACAAUAUCCUCUUGUUUGUGGCAACGUUAAAUGCAAAACGAGUCAAACACCAUUGUGGCGUAAAGGUUGGACCACAAAGGAAGGUAAACCAGUCAUGUUAUGUAAUGCCUGUGGUUUGCACUACAAGAAGGGACACUUUUGCAUAUAUUGCAAUCAAAUUUACAAGGAAAGUGAUGCUGAUGAUAAAGAAGAACCAUGGAUUGGAUGUGAUAGUUGUCAUCGUUGGGUUCAUCAAAAUUGUGAGCGUCAGAAUGGAUUUGAAAUUAAACCAAAUGGUUAUCUGUGUCCUUGUUGCAGAAAUCAACCAAGUAAUGGAUCGGUACCUUCAAACAUUCCAGCUGCUGCAUUAACUGCUGCUGCUAACAAACAUUAUGAACCAAUUCUUAUGAAACCAGGUGCAGGAUCCAGUAAUAGUAAGGAAAAUAAGAAGAGAAGAAGAAAACCAACUCUUGAAACAAAUUCAAAGAAGGUUAAACAAGAAAUGAAACAACAAUUAACAAUUGAUAUUAACAAUUCAAAAUCUAAUAGUAAUCAAACAUUAUCUAGCCAAAAUACUUCAAACCGAUUAUGUACACCAACAAGUGCUUUGAGUCUUUCUCCAUCAACAACAUUGGGACUCCCUAAAGCACCACAACCUUCUACAAGUACUUGUUAUUUUGAUAAUCCAAAACAAUUAUAUGAUGUUGAUUCCUAUUAUAAAGAGAAUGAAUCACAGUGCAUUUCACCAUCAACCAAUUCAAAACUUUCCAUGAGUAGUGAUGACGAAUAUUCAUAUGAGAGCAAUACUGAAGAGGAAGAAGAGGAUGAAUAUGAAUCCGACAAUUCUCCACAAGCCUCCUUCAUUUGUGGCGAAGAUUUCAUAGAUAAUCAACAAGAGUUUAUCAUUUGGGAUCCUCUCAAAGAUAAGAAGAGUUCUGUUGGAGUUUCUUUCGAGCAAGUUGAAAACCUAAUUAACAAGAACUUUGGUUAUUCAACCUUGUUCACAAGAAAGAUUCAAUCACUCUCUGCAAUUUGUGCUUACGAAUUGUCCAAUUUUGAUAACUAAGUUGCUCUCUAGGAUUUCUCAAUCUUAUUGAAAACAAAUAUUCGAGUGUUUUCAAUAACUCAAUUUUGAUUAUUUCGGCAAAUAAACAACAAAAAUGUAAAU